AUGCAGAACUAUGUGAAGAGCUCUUGGGAUUUUUCCGAAUUGACUGCACUGAUAACUGAUGCUAUUGGCCGCUCUAGUAUGUCUUCUAAGAAGGACCUGAUGCCCAAGAGGGUUGGUGCACUAAGAACUUUAGAUUCUUUCUCUUUGGCUGAUGAUUUAUGUCAUUUACCACUCAUCCUUCUCGUCAUUCCAGUCACACUGAUACUGGUUCCUAUGCAGUUCAAUAUACAGGCACUGCAUUUGCCUAAGAUUCUUUUUCCAGCAGUUGCUCAGUGGGGUUGUUGUGGAGAAAUGUUUGCUUCCUUUGCUUGUCUAAGAUCAUGUAACCAAGGCAUUUGGGCUAAAUCUGGGGCUUAUGUCCUUUUGAGGUUUGCCAAUUUGUACCUCAAUUAUGGUGCAAUGUUUCACAGACUUGAAGGUCGGACAGUAUCGCCAACCCAAGGAGGCACUUCUUUGGCAACAACUGGAGUUGGCACAGGAUCACUGGAUGGUUCUGCAAAUGACACCCAAAUCUCGUCAUCCAGGCCAGCCCCUUAUGAUACUGAUCAGAGAAAUGGAGUUGAUUCUGAAGAUGAUAAACUUGGCUAUUCAGAGUCCUCUGAGAAAUCUUUGGCAACAAAGGUUGCAUAUGGACUAACUUAUGCGCAACCGCCUUCUGAAGAUGAAGAUGUCUGCCCUACUUGUCUUGAUGAGUACACUCCUGAAAAUCCUAAAAUCACCACACGAUGCUCUCACCACUUUCACCUUGGUUGUAUUUAUGAAUGGUUGGAAAGAAGUGAAAGUUGUCCAAUAUGUGGCAAGGUACGCUGA